UCACGCCAGUUUUCCUUUGGUCUCCUCCUUCUCCUCCUGAAGGACCUGUAUGAAAACAUGGAGAAUAAUCAAACCUUCCUGUACUUUGCAUAUGGCAGUAACCUACUGAAGGAGCGGCUCCAGCUCAAGAACCCCUCUGCAAUGGUGCACUGUAUUGCCCGACUCAAGGACUAUAAGUUGGUCUUUGGAAACCACAAAGGUCUUGCCAGUGACCGGUGGCAUGGAGGCGUGGCCACUGUAGAGCACAGCCCUGGAGAUGAGGUGUGGGGGGUGGUGUGGAGGUUGAACAUGUCUGAUCUGGAGUCACUAGACAGCCAGGAGAACGUGACGUUAGGUGCAUACAGUCCUGUGGAGUUAUCAGUGAAGACGAAGGGUCGGGAUCUGAGCUGUCGCACAUACAUAAUGAACAGCUGUGUGUAUGCUCCACCUUCUCCACAGUAUCUGCAGGUAAUUGUGAUGGGAGCAGAACAGAACGGCUUGCCAAAGGACUACCAGGAGAAACUCCGAGCAAUCAAGACCAACAUGUAUGAGGGUCCCCUUCCUGUGAUGGCCGAACUGGAACGAGCCAGAAGAAGGGCCCAAGAAACAGUCAACUGCCGAGCUGAUGCCUCGUAACCCAACAAAAUGCAGUCCAGUACUGUAGCCGGCAAGUUCCUCUCAGCUCGCUGAGCCACGUCAGGGUCAAGGUCUGAGAGAAAAACUAUGAUAACUGCACACCAAGAGAAUAUCAACUUAUAUUCACCAGGACGGGGUGAAAAUAUCUCAUCUUUAAUAACAGCACAAGGGAUUGUUGUUUUUAAUCAUUUAUUACCAGAAUGACCAUGCAGGCUGUUUUUCCCUUUUCCUGAACAAAAAUUAGUCCAAUUCUUCUUGUUUCCCAAAUCAGACCCAAAACUGGCAGAAAAUUUAAAAGGAGAAUCAUGUAUGGUUUUUUUAUUUUAGUAAAACUAGAAAUCCAACCUGUCGUCUCGACUUUCUUCUUCCCUACAGACUCUACUAACUGGCUGAAAGUUUUUGGGCAAACACAUAAAGAGCUUUAGAUGUUUUAUAGCAUUUCUCAUGCUGAUUGUUCUACAGUCAGUCAUUAAAACUUUAACAAAGGUUAAAUAGCAGUUUAAGCUUCUGAUCUUUCAGUUUGUCUCCAGCUCUCCAACAUUUACCCGAACAGCUGCAUCGCUGGAUUCUUCCGUUUCUAGGAUGAUUGCAGCAGAAAGUUGUGUUCAGGAUAAAGAAGGUUUAAAGAUGUCAAGAUGAGUUUAUAAUGUGAGAAGUGAACAUGUUUGUGAGAAAUAAACGUACCUGUGAUUAUUCAUAUCCAGGACAAACCUUGCUGACCCCUGAAGGUCGUCCCUGUCACCCUCAGAAGACAGCCAGAUGUUUAAACCUGUAACCUGUCCAGAGCAGCUGUCAGCAUCCCAACGCUGGAAUCAGGAAGCAGGAUGGAGCUGUUUUCUACCGCCUGAUAGAACAUAGAUGGGUUCAGCUCCCGGUGUCGCCAAUUUCACACAAAUAAUUUCUGGCCUUUUUUUUCAUUUCAACAAACUAGUUUAUUUUAUUUAUUUGCUUUU